AUGUUAUAGUGUUAUUAAUAAUAAACAUAUUGAAUAGGUUUUUGAUACUUGUGUGGUAAUUGUGAUAAGAACUUUUUGUAAUAAAAUAUGGGUUGUAACACAAGUUCCGAAUCGAAAACGAAAAAGGAAGAGCAAGUGCAGUCGCAGGAUAAUGAGACCAAUAAUACUUCAGAAAACAAGCAGAAGGAAGACAAAGCGUCCGAAGAGCAAGCAGCGACAAAGAUACAAGCAGCAUUCAGAGGUCACAAGACUCGCAAGUCAAUGAGUAUGAAGACCGCAAAGAAGAACGAGCCCGAACCGGAGCCGACCAGGGCCGAGCUUGAGGCCGAGUUCAGGGCGGACGAUAAAGAGCUGUGCAAUGCCGCUACUAAAAUCCAAGCCUCGUUCCGCGGCCAUCAGGCUCGCAAGCAGACGCAAGUCGAGAAAGACAAGGAGCAGCAAGAUAAGGAGGACAUCGAGAAAAUAGAUCUGACAGAUCCUGAAUUGAACAAAGCAGCGACUAAAAUUCAGGCUUCGUUCCGCGGACACAAAGUUCGCAAAGAUGUUACCAAUUAAUGUAUUCCAUUCGUUGAUCUCAAUAUACAUCGGAUGUACGGAUAAUUUUCAACUUUGCGUCUUUAAAAUAAAGUUCAAUUCACAUUGUAACACAAUUACUUUCAUGUAACAUAGAAUCUUAAUCUAUACUUCUUUCGGAUAUUAAGCGUACAUACAAAUUAGAAGUUCUAUA